AUGAAUCUGGCAUUUCUGUUAUCAAUUCUCUAUUUCUUAUCUGCAUCAGCAGAUCAAAUUAAAAUAAAAGUUUUAAAUGAUACUCUUAAAAUUGUAACUACUGAAUUUCCAAUUGGUUGUGCUUGUGGAAUUUUUUUAAGUGGACAAUUUAAAAAGGAUGGUAAAGAAUCACCUAAGGGAGAGCCUGCUAUUUUUCAUGAUUUACCUGGAGCAUUUUCAUGUACUCCAACCGGGAAUAAACUGUGUACAAAUAAAUGCUUGGACACUAUUAUUAAACAUCUGCCAAACAGUCCUAAAAUACUAUGUAAUUCAAUAAAAUAUGACUGUCAUAAGGAAAGGGCUUACUUAUUUAUUAAAAAUUGUAACAGUGGAUGGAUUAACACAAAUCUUUCUGCUGGAAGAGAAUAUUGUUGUAAGGAUGGCACACCAUACAAAUGUCCAGUAUAUUAAAAUAAAUAUCUUUUAUUAUGUA